AUGCCGCCGCCGCGAAUCGCUCCGACGCCCCCCUCCCCACCCCCUCCUCUCCACCGCCGGCGGGCGGCGGCGCGCCAUGGAGCAGGAGCGCAGGCGACGUCGGUGGAGGUGGACUCCAUCCUCUUCGGCUUCUACACCGACGACGAGGUCCGGCGGCUCAGCGUCAAGCGGCUCACCAGGUCCGAGCGCCUCGACGCCAAGAACUGCCCCGUGCCCGGCGGCCUGCUCGACCCCGCCAUGGGCCCCGUCAACGCCAACGACACCUGCAAGACCUGCGCGCAGCAGCCCGGCGACUGCCCCGGCCACUUCGGCCACAUCGAGCUCUCCAAGCCGCUCUUCAACCCGCUGCUCUUCGACACCCUCCGGGACCUCCUCCGCUCCACCUGCUUCACCUGCCGCAAGUUCCGCCUCAGCGCCCAGCUGGUCGACAGGUACGCCCGCGAGCUUGAGCUGCUGGCGAGGGGCGAUGUUGUCCAGGCCAAGAACUUGCAAGAUUCCGCUGUUUCGGAGGAAAGCGUUGAAAUGGACGAGGACGGGUCAGUUGAUAAACCGGCGUCCCCUUCUGACCGAGGGAACAAAACCUGGACAUCCAUCCAGUUGAAAGAGGCCCAUUCCAUCUUCUCCAAGCUGAUGAAAAAGCGGGUGAACAAGUGUGCAAACUGCGGCAUGAAGAACCCACCUAUCAAAUGCCAGAUAUAUGGUUGGCUCACGAUUCAGGGUACAGAUGGUUCUGCUGUAAGAAGAAAAGCAAUCACUGAUUAUAAUCUUGAAGGAGAUCGCCAUAUUUCCAACCCAAAUGGAACUGGUGUUUCUGGUCUUACGGAUGAUAGAGUUAAAGCAUCAAGCAAUCAAACAAAAGACCUUUCUGAUGAUAGACCUCUCUUGACUACGGAGGUUGAAUCUAUUCUCAAAGACCUGUGGGAAAAGGAAGCCAGGUUCUGCAUGUUACUAUGCGACUUUCAGCAGAAUUUAUGUGUAUCAGAAAAGAGGAGGGGCUAUGAGAUGUUUUUCUUGAAGAGUAUGCUUGUGCCACCAAAUAGAUUCCGUCCUUCAACCAGCUCUAGCCUUGGAAUUAUGGAACAUCCACAAAAUGUUAUGCUAAGUAAAGUGCAAGAGGCCAAUCUUGCACUACAGCAUGACAGUGCCCAUCCGAAUCACAUGGAUGUUCUUACAAGAUGGAGGGAUCUGCAAACAAGUGUAAAUUUAUUUUACGAUAGUAGUAAAGGCCUUGGAAAAAGCGGGAAAGACGGUCAUGGUGUACGGCAAUUGGUGGAUAAGAAAACUGGGAUAGUUCGACAGAAAAUAAUGGGCAAGAGAGUUAAUCAUUCCUGCCGUACGGUUAUAUCUCCGGAUCCGUUUUUAGCUGUUAACGAAAUUGGGAUUCCUCCUGCUGCUGCUUUAAAGCUGACUUACCCUGAGAAAGUGACGCCCUGGAAUGCCAAAAAGCUACAAGGAGCUAUAAGUAAUGGCUCGGAAAUUCAUCCUGGUGCGACACACUUAAAGGUUAACAAUCAGAAGUAUAAAUUACAGGAUGAGCGUACCAAACGUCGUGGCAUUGCAAAGAUGUUGGCUGCUUCUAGAGGAUCAAUUUCUCAACCAGGGAAGGACCCUAAAUGUGAAUUUGAAAGCAAAGUUGUAUAUCGACAUAUUCAAGAUGGUGACAUUGUACUGGUCAACAGACAGCCUACUCUUCACAAGCCCAGCAUGAUGGCCCAUGUUGUUCGUGUGUUGCCUGGAGAGAAGACAAUUCGAAUGCACUAUGCCAAUUGCAGUACAUACAAUGCUGAUUUUGAUGGGGAUGAAAUGAAUGUGCACUUCCCUCAAGAUGAAAUAUCUCGGGCUGAGGCCAUCAACAUUGUUGAUGCAAAUAAGCAAUACAUUGGUCCAAGGAGUGGGGAGGCUGUAAGAGGUCUCAUUCAGGACCACAUUGUUGGUGCUGUUCUCCUGACAAAAGUGGACACAUUCUUGAGCCGUGAGGAAUACAGUCAGCUUGUCUAUGGGUCUUGUGUGUCCUCAUCUCGUGGUCCUUGUCAAUCUGGUAAAAGGGUAUCUAUUGUGAAGGAUGAUGACACAUUGGAACUUCUUCCUCCAGCUUUUGUGAAGCCAGAGCGGUGGACGGGAAAACAGGUCAUAACAACCAUCUUGAACCAUUUAACGAAAGGCCACCCACCAUUUACUGUGGAGAUGAAAGGGAAAAUUUCAGUACAAUAUCUAACAGCUAAAGUACGCCAUGUUGCUGAAGGAGAAAAACUUAGAGAUCCUGAAGAACUAGUUUUAUAUAUUCGCCAUAAUGAGCUCUUAAAGGGCAUGAUAGACAAGAACCAGUUCGGGAAUCACGGGAUAGUACAUACAGUUCAUGAACUCUAUGGUGCAGAUACAGCUGGAAGAUUGCUCUCGAUUUUCAGCCGCUUGUUUACAUUGUUCUUGCAGUUUCAUGGAUUUACUUGUGGAAUAGAUGAUCUGUUACUAUCCCAAGAGUCAAAUAACGAGAGGACGGAUUUUUUGUCGAGAAGUGAGGAACACAGUGAAGAAGCGCAUAAGAAAUUUCUGUGCAAGAAAGAUGUUGAUACAGAUCGAGUGGAAUUGCAAAUGAACGUCGAAAAGGUUGUUCGGAGAAUAGGAGAAUCUGCGAACGUUGCGUUGGAUAAAGCAAUGUUAAGUGAACUAAAUGGGUUAACAACUAAGGUCAAUAAGAACAUGUUUCCCUAUGGUCUACAAAAGCCCUUUCCUAAAAAUUGUCUCACUCUUAUGACUGCAACUGGAGCAAAAGGAGGCGAUGUUAACAUGACACAAAUCUCGUCAUUGCUAGGCUCACAAGAUUUAGAAGGAGCGCGUGUUCCACGAAUGAUAUCUGGGAAGUCAUUACCUUGCUUUCCACCAUGGGAUAGUUCUUCAAGAGCUGGUGGUUACGUUAGUGACAGAUUUUUAACUGGUCUCCGCCCUCAAGAGUACUAUUUCCAUUGUAUGGCUGGCAGAAAUGGGUUGAUUGACACAGCAGUCAAAACAUCUCGUAGUGGAUAUCUUCAGCGUUGUCUUAUCAAAAGUCUCGAAUCAUUGUUUGUUUCAUAUGAUCACUCUGUGCGUAAUGUUGAUGGAUCAAUCAUACAAUUCUGCUAUGGAGAAGAUGGAGUUGAUGUCCAUAAAAGUAGCUUUCUCAAAAAGUUUAAAGAACUCGCUGAUAAUAGAAAAGCUGUGUCUGACAGGCUUGCGGGGUACAAGGGUGAGCUUGAGAUGUACAAUGGUGAUCCCCUGUCAUUCAAGUCCAAAUACAUUACUAAACUGCCUCAAGGACUCACCGAAAGCGCAACGGGUUUUCAUAAAGAAAACAAGUGUUGCUGCCGUAAGCUUAAAAAAAAGUGUCGCUGCCGUUAUAACAUCAAUGAGGAGGAACUAAUGAAGUUACUGAAAGUCAAGUACGUGGCUAGUCUUGUAGAUCCUGGUGAAGCUGUUGGUGUGAUCCUUGCUCAGUCCUUAGGAGAACCUUCAACGCAGAUGACGCUCAACACUUUCCAUCUUGCUGGAAGAGGGGACAUGAAUGUCACACUUGGGAUGCCUCGCAUACAGGAAAUCCUAAUGAAAGCAUCGGCUAAUAUUGGCACGCCUUAUAUGAAGUGCCCGGUGCAUAAAGGCAAGAAGAGGAAGGAUGCUGCAUGUCUGGCUGAAAAACUAAGGGGUGUUACGUUGGCUGAUGUUGUGGAAGGAAUUGAAGUAUGCACAGUUCCUUUUCACAACAGUAAUGGGCAUAUUUCGAGUCUCUAUAAGUUGCAUCUAAAACUAUUCUCACCCGACUGUUACCCUCCUGAGUCGGAACUUACAGUAGAUGAGUGUCAAGCAUCCUUGAGAACUGUGUUUGUUGAUGCAAUGGAAUAUGCAAUCGAAAAACACCUAAAUUUGCUACACAAAGUUAGUGGAAUCCAGGAAACAAGGGUAAAGGACACUGAGAGUUUACCAUCAGAAGGUCCUGAAGAAUCCGAGGGCAGACCUACCAACGGGGACGAGUCUGAUACGAGUGAUGGUGACGAUGAAAAUGAGGAUGACUUGGGAGCUGAUGCAGAAAAGAGGAAACGACAAGAGAAUGAUGAGAUGGAGUAUGAGGAUGAUAUUGAAAAUGAAGAUGGCAUGAACAGUGACCCUGAUGAAGAGACAAAACAUGAACUUGAUAAUGAGGAUGAUCCAGCUGAGUCUGGUGUUGAAUCAGAAGAGAAUGACGAAGGACAUUUGUCAGAUUCCAGUAACAAGACUGCAAAAUUAGAAGGCAGGCUUGCAGCUACUAAACUCAAGAAAGAGAGAAAUGAAACGGUGGAAAACUUGCAGGAGCAGAAGCAGGCACAAAUAACCCAGAAACGCAGCAAAAAGUUAAAACUGACUGUUCAUGUUGAAAGUGCAGAUUUGAAUUUUGAGGUUCACUACAUCUUGCACAAGGAACCACAUAUUUUACUAUCCCAGAUUGCCCAGAAGACUUUGAGGUCCCUAUUUGUCAGUGGAUCCCAUAACAAAAACAUAGGUCUAUGUAAUGUUAUUUGGCCAGAGAAGAAAAAGAAAGGUGAAACUGAAACCAAACAAAAAGAGAAAGAGAGGAAAGAAGCCUUUCGAGGGCUGCAAACGGCAGGACUGGACUUUGAGGUAUUCUGGGAUCUGCAGGACUUCCUGAACGUCCGCAAGCUUACAUCUAACGACAUACAUGCUAUGUUGAGGACAUACGGGGUGGAGGCUGCGAGGGCCACCAUCAUUAACGAGGUGAAGGCCGUGUUUGAGCCCUUUGGCAUCAAGGUAGACCCGAGGCACCUGAGCCUGGCGGCUGAUUACAUGACCUCGGGAGGCUCCUACCGACCGAUGAACAGCCUCGGGAUGGCCCGGUUCUGCACGUCGCCGUUUGGCAAGAUGAGCUUCGAGCAGGCCACGAGGUUCAUCAUGGAGGCGGCCUACCAUGGGGAGGUGGACAACCUCACGGGCCCUUCGGCGACCGUGUCCCUGGGGAAACCGGCCAAGACCGGGACCGGUGCCUUCGGGCUGAUGCAGAAUAUCACCCUGGAGGAGCGGGCGGUGAUGUAAGAGCGCCCUACUCGGACCUUGCUUUGGCAUAGAUGACAAGAAUCGGUUGCUGCGUGUCCAGCCAUCACUUGUGUGUUUUGAAGGAACUAGUCAUGUGAAUAACAUUUUUGUGCUUGCUAAGAGCAAAGCGAUGUCAUUCUCACCUGUUUGUAUCUACUACUUUCUAUCUAUUUGGUACGAUAGAUGCAUCCGUUGCAUUGCAGUUAGCUUAA